AUGAUACGACAUACUCGAAGAACUAGCUCUCGUUCUCAAAAGACUGGAAUACCAAAAAUAAUCCGCCGAGUCUGGCAUCUUAUUACCACUUAUGGUCCAGCUAUUGUCGCUGUGGCGUUCAUCCUGUCAGCCAUGCCAUCAAUCAUCCUCGUGACUAUUGCUCAUCACUACAAAAUCGAAAGAACAGUCAAGGUGUCCAUUAUGCAUAUUUUUAUCGCUUGCCUAUUGGAGUUCAUGGCCCUGUCGUCUUUCAUUGUUUGCAUUUCCCGGGAUCCAGGGCCGAUCCAGCAAUUAGGCUCUGGAGAUGCGGAGCGUGCUGCCUUGGAUGCACCUCCCAGGAGCAAUGAGAACGACGAAGAACUUAGUCUCGCAGAAGCACUAGCUGGACCCUCAAUUAAGGAUGCAGAGUCCAGUGAAGAUGAUUCAGAUAUCGAAGUGGACGACCAAGGGGAGAAGAGAUGGUGCAGAAAAUGCUGGGCUCCCAAGGUUCUUGAUUCCACACCUUUUCAUGCUUUGUACCUCGCACUAGGAGGUGCAAUUUUUACUAUAUGCAUGGGCUCCUUUGCUGGAUUCCAUGUUUAUCUUGUGACGACAGGGCAGACCACGAUCGAGCAACUUUCCCCAUACAUGUUGCUUCGAUAUCUCCCGCCUCCGAGAACUGUCGAUGCACGCAAAAGCAACGAUAGCGACAGAUCGUUCGAAUCUGAUGUAGACCUACAAUCUAUGCUCAACACAGGCCCAGAGGAGAUUCAACUGAACACGAGUUCUUCUCUGGUAUCCCCUGCUGGACUGGAGACUUUGCCACUUUACCCACCACCUGGACAUUCUAUGCCAGUCGCAUCACGACAGAACUCCUUUCAGCUGGCCGAACAUACCAUGACGCGUGAACAGCGUCGUAUCGUGCGUUCUGCCGCCGGCAAGAUUCGGAUCUAUGAUCUUGGAUGGAAGCGAAAUUGGGUGGAGUUAUACGCAGCUAGGCCAGAAAGGUACUUCCUUGACUGGCUGGAACACACUCUGAGCGAAUGA